AUCUUCUGUGGAUAAAAUUCUGUUAAAUUUUUGUUUGGAAGUUGAAUUUUUCAUUAAACAUAAAAGGAAAAGAUAAUUAUUAAAUUAAAAACAAUACUAGAAAAAAAUUAACAGAAUAAAAAAUGGCGAAAAAAGGCCUCAGCGUCGAAGAGAAAAAAGGUCGAAUGUUGGAAUUGUUCUAUGAAACAGGAGAAUGUUACCAAAUAAAGGAGCUUGAAAAGGUUGCCCCUAAACUAAAAGGUAUUGUCGUUAAUUCUGUAAAAGAUAUCGUUGAAAAGUUGGUUGACGAUGGACUGGUUGAUACAGACAAAAUUGGAACAUCUGUAUACUUUUGGGCAUUUCCCAGUAAAGCUACUAAAAACAAAAGUAAGAACCUCAAUGAUUUGAUAAAAGAACAGAAAAAAGUAACAGAGACCCUAGAGGCACUUGAAAAAUCUGUCGAGGCGUCCAAAAACACAAAAACCGAUGAAGAUGAACUAGCUAAAAUAUUAGCAGAGAUAAAAGCUAUGGAAAAAGAAAUAGACACAGCAAAGAAAAAACUAAAUGCGUAUAAAGAAAAUGGUUCGAAAAAAGUAAAAGCCAUGGCCAAAAAAACGGCGGAGCUUAAAGAUGCUGCAAAUCGCUGGACAGAUAAUAUUUUUGCUAUUAAAUCAUGGUGUAAAAAGAAAUUCCCAGUAGAGGACAAAGAUAUCGACAAACAGUUUGGUAUACCUGACGAUUUUGAUUAUAUAUAAGCAUAUAUCUUGUUUCUAGUUAUUACAUUUAUUAUUAUACUUUUUUGAUAAAUAAAAAUAAACUUACCAUCGGACAAGAA